CUUAGUUUCUGCUCGCGUAUCGACGAGAGAGCAUUGUAGAUUUUAGAUGUGUUAUUUUGUGUUUUCGUAAUGUGACAUUUCUCCAACAAAAGGCAAUAAAAAUGCGAUCAAAACAACCGUUAUUACAGUGUCUCUGGACUAUGUCAGUACUCGCACUGGCCGCUGGUAGAAUUCAUAAACUCGAAAUACGGAAGGAUGUAAGACGACACAUUUCCCUGAGUACCUUUGGUUUCUACAAGGGUGGCAUUCUCGAUGUAAAUCUGAUCAAUUUCAAGGCCGAGCCUUUUCACGAGAACGAAGUGUUUGGAUUCAGUUUAGAUCGCACGCUAAGCGAUGCGAUGAACCCGUAUUUGGAUAGUCAUCAAGAAAGAUGCGUGUUGCAAGACAUUUCGAACGUUAAAAACGAUUUUGAACAGAAGGAUGAUAGCGCGAUCAUAUAUUUCACGAUGGACUUGAAAAAUAAUUUAUUGAAGGUAAACUGCAGCCGAAACGUGCACACCGUGCACAUCUACAAAGAUUCGAACAGCGUGUUGGCGUUUCGAGCAAAGAGAAACUCUUUUCCGGGUAGAUUUAGCGAUACCGCUCUCUUUUCGCGGAGGAAACGUUAUAGCUCGGACGGUAUCGAAAGGUCCGUCGUCGAGAAUGAAUCCGAAACCAAGUCGGCGGAGAGCAAUGUCUGCUCUCGUCUAAAGCUUCCAAUGACUGUACAGACCAUAAAAGGGGAGAGGUAUUACAACACAAGUUUUGCCGUGUACGUCGCUAGCAAAGAAGAAGAGGGUCUCUACAAUCUUUACUUUCAUAAUUGUCCAAAUUAUAAAUAUGAUGUCCCGGUUGCAUUAGAUUUUACGAUACAAAUAUCCGAGAUAAAUAGUGGGAAUUUCCUGAGCGCUGGUGAAAUGCCCCUACCAGCACUUUAUUUUAUGAUGGCGCUUUUGUUCUUCUUAUCGGGUUGUUUCUGGGUGUUUAUUCUUAAAAAGAGCAAGCAUCCCGUAUUCAAAAUCCACUAUCUGAUGGCAAUUCUGGUGUACUUGAAAUCUCUGUCGCUGCUUUUCCACGGAAUCAAUUAUCAUUUUAUUCAAACGAAAGGAGAGCACGUGGCAGCCUGGGCGAUUCUGUAUUACAUCACCCAUUUAUUAAAAGGAGCAGUACUUUUUAUUACCAUUGUGCUCAUCGGCACUGGGUGGACGUUCAUCAAACACAUUCUAGCCGACAAGGAUAAAAAACUGUUUAUGAUCGUGAUACCAUUACAGGUAUUGGCAAACGUGGCAGAAAUAAUAAUCGAAGAAAGCGAAGAAGGAGACAUCGAACACAAGACCUGGCGGGACGUGUUCAUUCUCGUGGACUUACUUUGCUGCGGUGCCAUUCUAUUUCCAGUAGUUUGGAGUAUCAGGCACCUACAGGAAGCUGCGCACACUGACGGCAAGGCAGCCGUUAACUUACGCAAGCUCAAGCUCUUUAGGCAUUUCUAUAUUAUGAUAGUUUGUUACAUUUAUUUCACAAGAAUCAUAAUGUACUUACUCAAGAUCACGGUACCCUUUCAAUACGAGUGGUUGGACGAGAUGUUCCGUGAAAUGGCUACGUACGUGUUCUUCGUUCUUACCGGGUAUAAAUUCCGGCCAGCCUCCGCGAAUCCGUACUUCACGUUAACCAACGAUGAAACGACCCAAGGCGACGAUGACGACGAAGUGGAUGUCGUUCUCUUUUCCAGUGUUUCCGGAAGGAGUGGUAUCACCGAGGGACUCAGCAAAGUUAGCAAAGUUCCGAAAGUCAUGAGGCCCGCCACCUCGGACGUUCCCUCCACUCAGGAAGAGAGAGACUGUUUGUUCAAUAAAACGGAUCCUUCUCACGAGUACGACUGAACGCAAAAUAGAAAUCCUUUGUAACGUACAUAAUUUUAGUGGAAACAAGAAGGUGACAGACUCGUUUCUCGGUCUUGUGAUAUUUCGAAACACCGAUUGCGGUCCGAAUAACAUCUAACGAAAAUGGGAGUAUGUAGUUAAAGGUAGCAUCGGUCUUGCUGUCUGAAUUUCUCGUAGAAAGGACGAUAAAUCGAUAUUUUACUUCAUAACGUAUAUCGUGUUUGCUUUUGUUUCGAAAACCACGGUGAAUACUCUUAAUUUAUCUGUAUUGUUGCGUUCGUUCAAAUCGAGACUGUUUCGAUCGGCGCCAUGUAUCAUUUUCUUGCGUUUAAUUAUUUAAAUCUCGAAUAUUUGAACCCUUGUUUAAAACGGAAUUAAAGACGAAUUUUGAAAUUUAGCGCAGUCUAUGAUUACCGGUAGAAAAUUGUUAUAGAUAGCAAGCAAAACUAAUCUAGGCGACUUAAAAAGAAGUUUCAUGUUUUAAAUACGCGAUACGAUACGUUAUAACACGUUUAGAAUUAAACUUGGAUGAAAGCUCGAUGCUAGAGCGAAUUCGUGUUUUUAUAUGCAUCUUGCUAUAGCUGAUUUUUCGUAGGCAUUUAGUGAAACGUUCAAACAUUUCCAUUUGUUUUUUCCCAUGACAAGCUUUAGUUUUCUUCGAGCGAAGAAUCCGCGCCUCGGCGCUUUAGUAAUCUUGUGAUAAUCGAUACACCGAAUCCUGGUGUAUCAUGAUCCAUUUUUGUAAAGCACUUGAUAACCUUUUUUGUAUAGAAACAUUUACCGUGUCAAGAAAAAACAAAGGUGUAAUAUGUUUUAAAACGUUUAAUGUGUCCCAUUGCGAAAUAUCGUCGUUAUUAUUACUAUUACCGCUACUGUAUACGCGUUAUCGUAAUUAUCGUUACGUCUGUUACUAUUAGUAUUUUAUUAUAUGUAAUAAAAGGGACACGCAAGAACGAAGUUGAACGAAUAAAGUGGAUAUUUUUAUGAAACUUUUAAUUUCCCUUGAUACUACAUGAUUUCCAGAUACAAACUUCUCAUUUCUUUUUUCUCGAUUAAAGUAUUUCUUGUUAACAAAAGUCCAACGUUAAAAAAUAAGCGAUCGAAGAUCGUCAAUUCGAGAUUUUAAAUAAUUUCGAUCCAUACUUCUAGAUUUUUGAAAUGAAGUAUCCGUGAACCGUAAGGUCUAACGAGCUAAAUUGUAUCCUGCUUCGACUGUGGUGAGCAGAAAAUUGUGUCGAUACUGCGCGAACCUACGAAUUAUCUAAAACUUAUUGAAUGGUCACUAAUACUUACCGCAGUUUAUGCCGUCAACCUUGCUGUUUCGAACGGUAUCUAUCUAGACUAUCCAAGGGUACGUGAGCAACAUUUCGAAGUUACUCAUGUACCGUACUUUGCAACGAGACGGUAAAAUAUAUUCGACUCUUUCCCUUUUAUCUAUCGCGAUCGAAGAAAAGGUUGAAAUUGUAUUUCCGUUGAAAAUAUACUCUAAAAACGAAAUAAUUUUAUCCGCUUUGUUUCUACGACCAUAACAUUAGAACAGUGUUGUACAUGGCGCUUUAAAAGAGGUACACAUCUUAUACUUUCGGCGGUUACGUUACAUCAGUUUGUCAGUUACUUAUGAAUAAAAAGGGUAUCACAAAAGACGAAUACGAAGAUUCAAAUUGCAAGCGGCAAAAGAUGUUUUGUUACAGAGAAUUUAAUCACGGUGUGCAUCUUUUAUGAAAUAUCCUGUAUUCGUCGAGUUACAAGUACGCGUAUCUAUCUACAGUCGGUCACGAAAAUAUUCGGACACCACUAUAGUUUUGACUAUUAUAGUCCGUACUUCAGAAGUGUAUACAAUAGGAACAAAAGAAGGGUUUACAUUUGUUACUAUGCAGUGUGUAGUUAACAAAAAUAUAAGAGAUAUUUAAUCACGAUUAGUGUUUACAAAAAUAAUUAAACAAAAAUGGUAAGUGUGCUUACUUUCAUGUCACGAAAAUAUUCGGACACUAUGAAAACUAUGUUUAUAAUACUAUAUAUAAAUCUUGUUUUUAAAAAUUAAUAUUUUGUUGGAUAUCCCAUGUGCUUUAUGACAUGCCGUAAUCGCGUUGGCAUAUUACAAAUUGUAAGAUUUAUACGGUACUGAAAUUGUACUAAAUAGGAUAAGUGGUAGGAGAACCUCUGGUAGGACAAUAAUAUUAUAAACAGAGUGAUGAAUGCGAGGGGGGACAGUCGAACAGUCGAAGUUAGCAAAUUUAGAAGAAGCGAGCGUGCGAACGAAAGAAAGUAAUAAAGUCGGCGAGCGUGUCGAUAAACGGAGUACGGAUUUUUGUUUGUAUAUUUACCUAUUGUAAUAGUUAAAUAAAAACUGUGAGAAGUU